AUGUGACCUCAUAUUAUCCAAUGCGUUUCUCCAGUCGGUCUGCACCGCCAAGCUCGUUUUGGCGUUGUAGGAACGGCAACGACCGCUUUCAUGACUGCUCCACACGCCGCUUAUUGUUUUAGGCGUUUUAUAAUGACCUUUCUCUGGUCAGAAGAGUUUUAACGCAAUUCGGAGUAGCGAGCACGGCGAUCCGUCCCGGUGCAGACCCAAAAUCCCAUAGAUUUUUCAAGUUGCAUUUCACUGGUCGCCAUUUUUGUUGUGCGUCGAAGCUGGUAUUGGCCAGCAUCGGGGCUAAUUUCUCGCAUGUUGAGAGACCCACAAAUAUUUUUACUGUUUAGUGAGCCCUGGGGGCACCUUUACCCACUGCGAUGACGGACUCUCGUGAUAGCUUUCGCCGUUCUGCCUUUGGAUACCGGUUCUAGCCAGACCAGCCGUGCCCAUGACUGCGAAGGAUGGCCGGGACGACCAGUAAAGUGGAAGAAGGCAGCAGGACUCUUGGCGACGUGAAGAGGAUUGUUGGAUAUCCUGUAAAGACCAUGAGCACCCACAUGGUUACUGUGCCCAUCAUAACGUCUCCCAAGAUGUCUCCACUCAAGACUGAACACGCCAUCCUGCCCAAGACCUCGCUACCUUUGGGAAACUCGCCCGUGAUCCUGAGCACGGCGCAGCGGUCGCUCUUUGGUGGGAUGCGUGGCUCGAGCCAGGUCCGGCAGACGGCCGACCAAGCGUCGUCCGGUUGGUCCAGCAAGCGACCCCACGAGUUCACCGAGGCAGACUACCCCGAGAUGAAGCGCCGGUGCAAGGGCGACUCGAAAGGGGGCAAGGGGCUGCGCCACUUCUCGAUGAAGGUGUGCGAGAAGGUGCAGCGCAAGGGCACCACCUCGUACAACGAGGUGGCCGACGAGCUGGUGGCCGAGUUCGCCUCGGAGCCCCCCUCGGCGGGCCACGGAAGGGGCAGCAGCAACGGGGACCAGACGUACGACCAAAAGAACAUCCGGCGGCGGGUGUACGACGCCCUCAACGUGCUCAUGGCCAUGAACAUCAUCUCCAAGGAGAAGAAGGAGAUCCGCUGGCUGGGGCUGCCCACCAACUCCGCCCAGGAGUGCCAGAAGCUGGAGGUGGAAAAACAGAAGCGAUUGGAGAGGAUAUCAGCAAAGAAACAGCACCUCUAUGAUGUGCUACUACAGCAAAUCGCCUACAAGAACCUGGUGGAGCGCAACAAGAUGCUGGAGAUGCUGAAGCAGGCCCCCGCGCCCUACACGACCAUUCCCCUGCCCUUCAUCAUCAUCAACACCAACAAGCAGACGGUCAUAGACUGCAGCAUCUCCAGCGACAAGUCUGAGUACCUGUUCAACUUUGACAACACGUUUGAGAUCCACGAUGAUAUCGAGGUGCUAAAGCGCAUGGGCAUGGCCUUUGGUCUGGACAAGGGUACCUGCACCCCGGAGGACCUCGAGAAGGCCAAGAGGAUGGUGCCCAAGAGUCUCGAGCCAUACAUUGUCCAGAUGGCACAAGGAGGGGCGGACGUUUCUGCGGAAGCAAAGCUCUCGCAAAGCGACUCAAGCGACCGGGUGGCGUCGGCGGGAGGUGGCAUGGAGGAAGCCGUUGUAACGACGGCGCGGCUGUCUCGCCACUCGAGCGUGGCUUCUUUGUCUGACAUGCCGUCGCGCCCUGGCACCAACACCCCCUCGGAAGAGGACGACGAGGACGACGACGAAGACGACGGGGACUUUUCCGACUCCGACUGGGACGGCCACUCUGCCCCCGGGGGAAGCAACGGGAACCGGAAUUGAGGGCGUGUCGGGUCUGUCUCUCGACCCGCCCACCCAUCACUCUUUUCCGGCGCCCCACGGUUGGAGAAAGGAACGAGCAUUCGGGGUGCACGUGCGCGGCUCUCUGCCGGGUUCUUGGCCUUUGUCGCAUCUGCUCCGUCCCAUGGUGGCUGGUUCCGGGGGGGGCAACGAAAGUCCGCACAGCUACAACAAACAGGCGGGCAAUGGUAAAUGGGCAACUGAGUGGCAGCGGGCUGUGGUGCCACCAUCUCCCAAGUUCUGUUGGCUGCUCUCGCCGAUUCUGCGUCGGGACUACGUCCAUUGCGUGCCCAUCGCCCCGUGCAAAACGGUCUCGGCAACUUGUUGCCCUGUUCCUACGUGACCUCUGUCUUUUUUUUUGGGAGGCAAUGUUGUAGUGUUUCUUUGAAUGAGAGACAACAUUCUAGCUCGUCGUUCUCGUUGGCCCAUUUCACAAGGCACACAGGGCCGAGGUAACUUUGUCGUUGCCACUUCGGGUCUCGCUUUCGGGGCUUUCUCCUGCGCUUUGCUUCGCGUCUGGGAAUGACUUCUUUUCGGCUCUAUUUCUUUGUUAAGGUUUUGUUGUAUUUUCUUUAACUCUGGCUUUUAGUCUCUUUUAACUGUUCUCUCGUUGGUACAUUUAUGGUUGUCCGAAUGUUGUAAUGAUGGUGGGGGCGACCGCUUUUCAUGUCGAGGAAAGCCGGUCGAACCAUUAAGCUGCAAAGCUUCGUCCGCUUCUGCCCGGUCGUGGCUGCACUCUUCAUUUCGCUUAUUUAAUGUGUGUGUGUGUUUUUUACAAUGUCUCGUAUAUUUUUCUAGAACAUUUUGGGCAAGCCGACUUGACUUUUUAAGCCAGUUUUGUAAAUGGAUUCUUUGGCUGUCUCUUUGUUCUGGCUUGCACUUCGGCGUAUUGAGACGCCGGCAGCGUCGGCUGGGCGAAAGAUUUCAGUGCGUAUUUAGAAAGGGCGCAUGUCAAAGUGUUGUGGCUGCGGUGUAACCGUCGGAAUGCUCAAGUUGACUUUUGUUUCCUCGUUUUUGUUUGGAAGUUCAUUUUAUGUGGGCAUCAUUUAAAAGAACUCGUGGGUUCUUUGUACAUAAUGAACAUUGCUGCGAUAGGAAGGGAAACCAUCAAAGGUCUGCACCCGGCGCGGUGGGUUUGCUAAAACUCGCCCAACUGCAAAAAAGUGCUUUUCGCGUGUAUGUUUGUGUGCAUAGCAGAUGUUCCACCAAUGUGCCAUUCCCCCCAGAAAUGGCUACCAUCCAUAUUUUUUUUUAUAGGUAUGCUCGUGUCAGUGCUGUAGCUGGCCAGUACUAGUCUGUCACAUUUAUUACGUUCUGGCAUCGCGCAGUUUACAGGCACAUUCGUGAGUAGACUUAAAAGUCAGUUUGCCACACGGAGCCGACUUUUGUUGCUCCGAGUUACAGUUAACAAAGUAGAAUGGCUUUAGCGGAAGCUUCCACCUGCUAGUAACACCUUCUUUUUUGACUAAUGCAGUUUCCAAGAUGGGCGUGUGUGAUUGUUUUCUUGUGAUGUUACCAGUGUGUUUGUGCGCAGCUUGAAGUGUGCCUUAGGGAAACCAAGAUACUAGGUCUUUGUGUGUGCGUGUGUAUCUGCUUGACUAACGAAAGCGUUUCGACUAGAGCCGUUUGGUGAGCUAACAGAUUCCCCUGCAUGCCUGCCCCCGCAUUCGGGCUGCAGGAGUGGUGGGUAGUCUUUCUGCUCUGCGUCAGGGUACCGCAGAAGGUGUUUAGUGAUGUACAGGCCUGCAGAAAGAGAAAGGAGUUUGUGCGAGUUGGCAGGAUUUGUCGUGUUCUUUCCUUUUGCAAGACCUUUGGUGCAUGCUGCGGACGUCAGAUGCUUGGUGCGAGUGUGCGUGUGUGUAUCCCACCCCCGUUCGAGGCAGCAGCAGCAGCUUGUCUGACGAUCGCGCACGGCGGUGCGUGCUGCCGGAUCCGUGUAAAUAGUUGUCAUCAUGCCAUGUAUCAUAUAUUUUUUAAAAUAGGACAUGAUUUUUGGCAUACUGUCUGUAUGCAUCAGUGAUUAAAAAGUGUACUAAAUGCAA